AUGUCCCAACACUCUGGACCGUCCUUCUUCAGGCCUGUUAGUGGCAACGCUAUCAACAACACGGUCAACCCUGAGGCUGAUUUUGAUCAUGAAAUGGACCAGUGGAUGGCAACGCAUGGAGAUGGCAGCAUGGAGGACGUAGACGCCGUUAUGGAACAGAUUGCACAAGAAUUGGAACGUGAACAAGAACAACAACCUAGGACUGCCGACCAUGCAUCUAGGAUCGAUUUUGGUGCUUCGUUAGAGGUUACCGACACGACGUUCCCACAGAAUGGUUCCUUGGAGGAUCCCACCCAGCGCACACGGUUUACCCCUUUUCAAGAGGCUAUCAACCAGCAAGCAAAUGACGUACAGAGCUUGCUUGACCCAAGCAACGCCGAUGUGCUCAAGAAUGUGAGCCGAUUGGAGCAAGUGCCUGAUCUAUCGCGGCUCGGCCUAGACGAAGCUUCUGAAACCACAGUCACCGAGCCUGGAGAACAUGGUCAAUCACAAACGGAGAUAUCGGAGGCCGCGAGGCAAAUCCUGCAGUCUGUUCAACAUGAGAAAGGAGACAAGUGGAAGAACUCCCGUUUCCUCUUGCUUAUGAAAGAUUUUCGAGACGGCAACAAGGACAUUGUGAACAACGAGAUUCUAGAAACCAGCACUGGUGGCGAACGAAUAGCCGGAACUUGA